AUGACCGCGUUGCACCUGGCGGCGAUUGCUGGAUACUCUGCGAGGGUGAGGUGGCUGCUGGAUGGAGGAUGGAACCCUAGGGCAAGGGAUCGAUGGGGACGGGCGCCCCUUCACUUGGCCUUGAUAAGGGAGAAGGAAGCCGCGGCGGAGCUCCUGGCGGAUGCGGACUGCAUCACCGACAUCCUAGAUCACAAUGGAUUUGCCCCUAUACACUGGGCUGCGUGCUGUGGCUUUGUGGGAGUCAUCAGGAAGCUGCUCGCAGCCGGAGCGGAAACGCUUUCCAGAAACGAAGUCUUUUCACCCAUCCGAUUGGCUCUCGAAUUCAAGCAGGAGACUGCCGCGGAACUCCUGCUAGAUGCCGACUGCAUAACGGACACCCAGAAUGUUAUUAAGGAACCCCUUCUGCAUCUAGCUGUACGAUUGGGUUAUCUAGGAGUAAUCGAGAAACUGCUCACCGCCGGAGCGGACACGCGUCUCAUAAAUAAAGGAUAUACGCCACUCCAUGUGGCCCUGACGGAGGAGAAGGAAGCCGCGGCAGAGCUCCUGGCGGAUGCGGACUGCAUCACCGACAUCCUAGAUGAAGAUGGAUUAGCCCCUAUACACUGGGCUGCAAUGCGUGGCUUUGUGGGAGUCAUCAGGAAACUGCUCGCCGCCGGAGCGGACACGCGUUUCGGAAGCGAAGGCGGAUCCAAUACACCCAUCCGAUUGGCUAUCGAAUGUGAGCAGGAGACUGCCGUGGAGCUCCUACUCAAAGCCGACAGCUUUACGGAGUUCCGGAAUAGUGCUGGGGAAACCUCUCUGCAUCACGCUGCAGGAGUGGGUUAUCUAGGAAUAAUUGAGAAACUGCUCGCCGCCGGAGCAGACACGCGCGCGAAAGAUGACAGAGGUUGUACGCCCCUUCACAUAGCCCUGUUCCGCGGAGGGACAGAGGCUGUGGCGGAACUCCUGGUGGGAGCCGACGGGGAGAUUGACUCCUUGGAUAGUCUCGGGUGCACUCCCCUGUAUAGGGCUGCAGAAUGUGGAUACGUGGGGGUGGUUAGAAAGCUGCUGUGGAGCGGCGCUCGUCUAGACUCGGCGGGUGUGGAUAGGGAUCCUCUGCAAUAUGCUGCUUUUAAUCGAAACGAUGAUUUGGCGGAAGCAAUCCUCGCCUGGUGUGCCUUGUGGGACGUCGCCGUGAACUGGGCGGAGAUGAAGCUUUCCCAGGACGAUACACAGAGAUGCAUCGAGCUUCUCUCCCGAUGCGAUGCGGAGGUCUGGAGGAUGAAGGACGCCCGGAUCCCCGGUUUGUGGUGGUCUUACUGGCAUGUCCUGAGGGGACACGUGAGCCGGCUCUCGCGAUGCCUCGAGGACGGGGCCGUCCGCGAGGCCCUGAAGAGGGGCUUUGCGGACUUCCCGAUCUAUCGUGACUGGAUCGCUUUCGUCAUGGGGGAAGCGGACAAGUGGAGCACCCUAGCACCUCACUGGCUGAAGUGCUUCUCCUUCGUGGCCUGCGAGCUGCCCCCCACGUGCACGGACCUCGUAUUGCUGCACCUGAGCGAACGAGACCUGCGCCAUUUCAUCCGUGCCUGCGAAUAG